ACACAAAACGAGGGCGCUUUUCAGCUCGCUGCACGGAGAUCGAAGCAAUACGGGGCUAGGAAGCACAAGAGUACUGCGCCAAGAUCGCGGAAGCACUGCAGGCCAAGAUGGCUGGACCCAGCCACGGCGGAGGGGUGUACGGCAUGUUCGGAGCGGUCGCCGCUCAAACGCUCGCAUCGGAUCCAUUGACAUCGUACUCGUCCCAGCCGAUCAGUGCAGCCGACUUUGACAUGAACACUGGCGCGGCUGACUUUGCGCCUGGAAGGGCGCUCGACUUACUCUUCAUAAUGGACGCCACUGGAAGCAUGGGUAGCUAUAUUAGAGAGGCCACCAAGAACAUCGAAACGAUUUGCGAUAAUAUCGUACAAUCUGAGCAGCUACCAGGACCUGGCGCCUUACGCGUCGGACUGAUUGCAUUUCGAGAUCAUCCACCGCAAGAUCACACGUAUAUUACCAAGAAUUUUGGCUUUUCUAGCAAUAUUCAAGAGAUGAAGGACAACCUCAAGCAGCUCUAUGCAUCGGGCGGAGGAGACGGACCCGAGGCAGUGACUGCUGCUAUGAAACAAGCUGUCCAACUGCCCUGGCGUACCCACGCAACAAAACUGGCCGUCUUGAUAGCGGACGCACCACCGCAUGGCAUUGGCGAGAUUGGCGACGGGUUUCCGAAUGGCUCGCCGGACAAUGAAGACCCACUCGUUCUCGCACGACGCAUGGCUGCACUCGGGAUCUCGCUCUUCAUGGUCGCGUGCGAGCCGGCGCUUUCAGGCUAUCAGCAUGCGGCGGACUUCUAUCAGGGCCUCGUUCGAGUCACUGGAGGCAUGUGUGUCCCGCUGACCACGGCUAGCCUGCUCAGCCAUGUCAUCGUCGCCGCGGCAGGAGAGGCGAUGGACAUGGAGCGCCUGCAUAGAGACGUCGGCGAUGCGGUGCUUGAGCGGCUGCGUGGACUCAGCUUGGACCAACAACAACAACAGCAGCAGCAAUCAACGCAGGCUUUCGCUGCCGCUUCUGUCACGCUCGAUGAUGUCGCCCGAGAACUGCAUGAGAAGCUGUUACUACGGAAUGAGAACACCAAACAGCUCUACAUUGAAAGCAUAUACAGAGAGAGCGAAGAAUCGCGCCACAAUAUUGAGAUCUGGGCCGCAGCGCCAAAUUUGGAAACCGCACGGCCGCACAUAAAACGAGUUGUGGGAUCCAGGCUAAGCGAAAAGUAUCUACAGACACGUAGGGCCGCUGCGGAGUUGAGGUCGUCCACUGCACCCUUUCCGCACCCCCGUCAACCGGUUCCAAUACCAUCAUCGUUGUACGCCACCUCGUCAGGCUCGUCCGCCGCCUCCAGCUCACCUUCGCGCAAGGUGCUAUCCGACUUUAGCUCUUUCAGUGCUACCCCUGGCAUGAGCGUCAGUGCCUCCACAUCGCCAACGCUUCCGCAGGGCUCGGACGCAUUCCUCUCGCCGCGAUCAUCGAUGCAGCGCGCAUCGGCGGACGAUGAUGAUGAUGAGGACCCACAGGAUCAUAAGCCCAGCAGGCCUUUACCCAUUGCGGUCGGUUCCGAUGGUGGGCUGGAAGUUGCCGGCGAGGACGGUCAGAGAUUAGCGUAUCGACAGGGUACAAUCUCGUUAGAUCAGGCUCGCAGACUUGCAAUGCAGAGUGCAUAUCGAGGGGGACUUGGGUAAGAACGGAAUGCGGGCUUGGGCUGUGUACUGCAUUUGAUGGUAUAAAGGAUGAGCAGUUUGCACCCGCCAAAGCCAAAAUGGCCCGCCCUGAUCCGACGCGAACAUAAGCGCCAUAUACACUACCUACAAACCUUUCUUUCAUUGACUGACCUCCCUUACCACUGCCAUCUAUCGUUGU